UUGGUGCCCGCAUUGUCCCUUUUAUAUUUGUUGUCCAGGUUGUUCUGCGAACAGGUGCCGGUUGUCUUUCUUUACCACCACAUCCUACAUUACAUCCCUUUCCUUUCGCCUCUUAAUUCUAUUAUACCUCCUUCAACAACUAUAGACAGGCCCUGCUUUCUAGAUGCUCCUUCUCAAUGUGCUACCUGUGUACCUCGUCGUCCUCAUCGUCUUCCAUGACGUCUCAGCAAGUCUCGUCUCCCGUGUCCAUGAUGUUGCCCUUCGACACACCAAGAGCAUAGCACGCGACCUUCGCCUGGCCUUUGGCUCGGUCCUUGUCUCCCAACAGUCCCUGGUCAACCCGCAAACGCGUUUGACUUACUGCAAAGCUGGAUCGUCAAACAACAAUAACACUGGUAGUGGUGGUGGUAGUGGGAGCGGCAGCGGCAGUAGUAGCCACUCCGGGACAAGCAGCACAAGGACUGCAUCCACGUCCGGUGCUUCUGCCACUGCUUCCUCUUUUUCGUCCCCGUAUAAUUUGGUAGAGUCUCAUGCUGGCACAGACUUUUUUAAUGGCUGGACCUUCUGGACGACUUCGGAUCCUACUCAUGGCAUUGUAGAUUAUGUUGAUGAGAGCACGGGUAGAUCAAAUGGGUUAGUGGAGGUGAACUCGGAUGGUAAUGCUAUUAUGCGUGUCGAGACAACGGGAACUGUCUCUGGGAAUCGUCAAAGCAUUCGUAUCACCACGGAGAGUACAUACGAUGGUGUAUUGGUGAUCAUGGAUUCUGUGCACAUGCCAACGGGCUGUGGGACGUGGCCUGCAUGGUGGUCGAACGGACCUAAUUGGCCCAUUGGUGGGGAAAUAGACAUCGUGGAGGGUGUAAAUGACUACACGAACAACCAGGCAACAGUUCACACUGAUGUCGGAUGUUCCUUGACAUCUUCGAAUGCGAACGUGCUUAAUAUCACAGGAACUAUAGUUGGCGGGACCAACUGUGCAGCUUCCGAGACGAGCAAUCAGGGCUGUGGGGUACGCUCUGCUUCUGACGUUUCGUUCGGUGCCGCUUUCAAUGAGAACGGCUGGUGGAGUAUAUGCCACCUACGCUCAUUGGCUGUAGUGAAAUGGGACGAUGAGGGCAUCAAGAUCUACUUCUGGCCCCAGGGCUCCGUUCCGUCUGACGUUGAUGCUGGGACGCCCGUUCCCGACAGAUGGGAGACACCAUUAGCGAACUGGCCUUCAUCGGCUUGCAAUUCCAGCAAGUAUUUCUACCAGCAUUCAUUUAUCUUUGACACGACUUUAUGCGGUGACUGGGCCGGUGGAGUAUGGAAUAGCUCGGGAAUACCAGGUCAAGAACAAAGCUGUGCUGCUCGGACAGGAUACUCAAGCUGUGAAGACUUUGUCCGUGCAAAAGGAGCGUCGUUUGACGAAGCUUACUGGGAAAUCAAGAGUGUCAAAUUUUACGAACUCUAGUAUUUUCUACAUAUCAAUGCAACCGGAUCUGGGGAUUUAUUGUGUACAUAUCUAGACAUACAUAGUUGAAUUUGCAAAGAGUAAAGACACCGCCAC